UUUUUUAACGUAGCCGAAACCGGAUCUUUCCUGGAAAAAAAUAUUUCUGAAUUACAUCUCUCCGUCCAGUUGAUGGCGGUAAUACACCAAGUUUGUAAACCGCCAGUAAACGCUAUAGAAGAAAAAGAUCUUUCCUGGAUCCUCUGUUACUUCGUGUUGUUGUGCGGUUGGAAGCGUUUAUGUGGCGGUAACUUUUACUUUCGGUAACGCCGUAAUGUUUUAAAUGAAGCCAUGAACAAAAACUGGUGUCUCGAUAGGCUCUUUGUCGCUGUAGCUGUAUCCUCUCGACAUAAUUGCUUUAGUUCGUCUUGAGGUGGGCUGGAGCUGCUGUUUAGUUGGUCCUCUGUACAAAAUGCUGUUCUUACUGCUGCUGUGCUACCUGUCACUGUCUGCUCGGGGUCAGGAAGCAGACGACGACUGGCUGGAUCCUUACGACAUGCUCAACUACGAUUCUAGCACCAAAACGAUGAAGAAACCUCCCGAGCCAACAACCUUUACCAACGUGGUCACCAAAAGAAGAGAGUACGUCCAGGACCAGACCCAGGCUGAGCUGACGACCUGUAAUCAGCAGAAGGAGGAUCUGCAGAGACAAAUUGAGGACCAGACGAAGGAGAUGGCACGCAUGUCACAACAGCCUACCUGCAGCCCAGUGUUCAAGCGGUUCCUCAGCAGGCUGUUGAAGGAAAUACAAAGACUUGGUGUGCCAACUGACUCGUCGGAUGUCUUCUAUGAUGCCAAAAUCAAGCUGUCCAAACAAGCCAUGACUGAAAUUGAGUCACUUCUGGACGGCGAGGAUCGAUGGAGAACGGGAGCUCUGGACAAUGCAGUCAGUCAGAUUUUGGUGGACUUUAAACAACAUGAUUAUGAGGGUUGGAAGUGGCGUUUUGAAGAUUCCUUCGGUGUGGAGCUGGAUACAGUAUUAAAGAUCAUGAUACUUGUUCUCAUUAUAUCAACCAUAAUAUGCACCCAGCUGUGGUCAGCCGUCUCCUGGUUGGUCCAGUUCAGGAGGAUGUUUGCCGUUUCCUUCUUUGUCAGUAUAAUCUGGAACUGGUUCUAUCUGUACCAGACUGCUUUCGCUAAGCACCAGAACGACAUAGUACAGAUGGAAAACUUUAAUGAAAAAUGCACCGGCGUGAAGAAAAUUAACUGGAGGGAUAAUCUAAAAGAGUGGUUCAGAACCACCUGGACUCUGCAAGAUGACCCCUGCAAAAAAUACUAUGAAGUCCUCAUGGUUAACCCCCUCCUGCUGGUGCCUCCAACCAAGGCUAUUUCAGUCACCAUCACAACCUUCAUCACAGAGCCGCUGAAGCAUUUUGGGCAGGGAAUCAGUGAGUUCCUCAGGGAACUCCUCAAAGAUCUCCCGGUUACGCUGCAGAUCCCAGUCCUCAUCACUAUUGUGCUUUCUAUUUUGGUGGUCAUGUAUGGAAGUGUGCACGCAGCCUUUCAGCAUGGCAUCAUGGCGCCUUUUCGCCGCCCUCGCAGGGAUCCACCUCCUGCAGAGCUGGAGCAUAACCAGCGUCCUCCUCCCAGGAUUGAGAACCGUGACUACCUGGCUGGAGGAGACGCACCUGCUCACGCACCUCCACUUGCAAUUGCUCAACAGCACAUCCCACGGCAGCAAGGCGAUAAUGCGAGGUUGGACAGGAACCACAUUCACUGCAGACGACCCAACAGGGUCAAGGAGGAAAAAGCACCAAUCGGUGUGGAGACUCUAAAAGCUGCAGACCCUCGGUUCAGCGAGGAUGAACUAGAUGGUGAGCAGCAUGAGGAAAGGCUUGAAGUGGAGAACGCUUCUGCUAACUCGGGGUCUGAAGACCAGCAGGAGGCCCCGGAGGAGGUAAGAAAAGAAAAUGCUGCUGCUCAAAAGGACCAACCAAAAAACCAACAAACUGAAUCAAAUUCAUCACAAGCAAAGAAGAAACAGAUACAAACAAAGCAGACAGGUUCUAAAGAUGAACCCAGAAAAGAUGUUGCAGUAAAGUCACCCCAGCCAGCAGACAUACAGCCUUCACAGACUGAUGUUCAGGAUCCAGGAGCCUCAGGAGAAGAACAGACCCACUCGAUAUCACAGACGGGAAUAGAGACGGUUGGAGUUCCUGUUCAGGAGACAAAUCCAGCAGCAGCAGAAUAAAUACUGCUGAUCAAAACAGCAAGUUUUAUACCAUCAGUGACUGGUGCUAUUUGGUCGUAGAGCAAAUGGCUUAUAAAUGUUGGACUGUGGAUAUUUAUUCAACUGUACAGUUCAUUUUCUGCUUUGUGCUCACAUUUGUUGAAUGGCUGCUUGUGUCUUUGUACGGUUUUACUUUGUCUUUUAAGGUAAAAAGAGCAGAUCACUGAGUUACACCGCAGCCUUUCUUCAACAGCAUCAGGAUGAUGGGAAUUUCAGAGCUGUGCUGUUGUUUUACAGCUGGAUAAUAAUGAUACUACUAAAGUUUAAGAGUAAUAUCAGAUUUUUAUUUUUAAUGGAACUUCCAAAUAAAUGUGUUUUUUAAUUGAUGAAUCCAAUCUUUAUGCAAAUAAAGUUAAUAUUUUUUGGAUGUGUAUUGUGUUUGAAGGUUCAAAUGGUGGCAUUGUACUAAGUAUCAAGUUGAAUAUUUUGAAGAAAGAAUAAAUGUUUGCAUUAGAAUGAUUAAGAAAAACUAGGUGGAGGGAAAUGAAAGGUGAGUUUUAUUU